CACAUCCCUGCCCUCUGCUCCCACCACCCUCUUGGGAGAGACUGGGGUGAUGUGGCUCAGGGCUGUGCUCGGCUGGGGCACCAGCACAGGGGGGCAGGCGCUGCUGGGGAUGUAUGGACCCCCUCGCUGAGUUGCCCAUCUGUGUUUUCACCGGUGGGCGCACCUGGUGCCAGCUGUGCCAUGCACCUGUGUGCUUUGGGACCUGCCCCCACGCUGUCUCCUUGGCAGUGCAUGGGGAAACCUCUGAGCUCCCCUCCGUGUGCUCCCAACCGCAUAGCGGGUACCAGGACAUUGCCUGCUCCUUGGCUUGCUGGGGCAGGAGCCUGGGAGCAGCUCAGCUGGCUCCACAGCGCUCUCCCCACUCCAGUGCUGGGCAGGAGGGCUCAGUGCUGGCAGUACAGGGGCCUGGUCGUAAGGCUGAUGGGCUGCUCCAUUCCGGGAGGUCUUUCAUCUGUUGUUUCUCCUGCUCUGGCCUUGCAUUUGCCUCUUAAGGCUGCAAGGAAACAUCACUCCUAGUUUGCCUUUUGCUUCUGCUCACCAGGUAAUGCCGUCUCCUAGGCAGAGACCAACCUGUGUUCCUUGCAGCCUGUCCUCCCACUAGCAGUGACCCUGCUGAGCAGUGCUCUGCCCAGCUCCCAGACCUGAGCCCUCUGCAGUGGCUUCUGACCUGAUGGUGUCACUCUGGGAGCACUAAGCUGGGAGACAGGAUCCCAGCUCCUCACAGAGGCUGGGGUGGGCUGCUGCAGCAGUGGCUGCUCCGGGGAGAGCUAAGCAGAGCACGUUCCCUGCAGGUAGUGAAGAUGUCCAGCAGUGACCCCGAGCGCCCCCAGUUCCUCUUCGUGAAGGUGCUGGCAAGCCGGGGGCGGCUGGAGGCGGUGACCCAGCAGAUGGGCUACCACCCGCAGUACCUCGACAGCUUCCUCAAGAUGCAGCACUACCUGAUGCACAUGGAUGGCCCACUGCCCUUCGACUGCCGGCACUACAUCGCCAUCAUGGCAGCCGCCCGGCACCAGUGCCGGUACCUGGUGAACCUGCAUGUGCUGCAGUUCCUGCGGGCAGGGGGCGAUCCCCAGUGGCUGCGUGGCCUCGACUUCAUCCCCCCCAAACUCCGCAACCUCAACGAGAUCAACAAGAUCCUGGCACACCGGCCAUGGCUCAUCACCAAGGAACACAUUGAGAAGCUGCUGAAGAUCAGUGAGUGGAGCUGGUCGCUGGCGGAGCUGGUGCAUGCCGUUGUCCUCCUGGCACACUGCCAUGCACUCGCCAGCUUUGUCUUCGGCUGGGGGUGCGAGCAGGAUGAGGGGCCGGGAGGCCGAGGCUCACUGAAGCCCUUGUCGCCUGGGAACCAGUGCUUCUGCGAGGCCACCGCCGGCAAUGGCUGCAGCCAGGAGCUGCUGCGCAUCAACCGCAAGCGGUCCCUGGACUCCUGCAUGGAGCUGGAUUCCCUUCGGGAACGCAUACAGCAGAUCCACAUGGAGACCGAGGGCAGGGAGGAUACAAGGCUGCUGCAGCAGGACCGAGAGGAAGAUACUGACGGGGAAGUCACCGGUGCCACCAAUCUUGCAUGUUACAUGCAGGACCCUGACUUUGGAUACCAGGACUUUGCCCGGCGCGACGAGGAUCAGACGCAGGUAUUCAGAAUCCAGGAUUACUCCUGGGAAGACCACGGCUUCUCGCUGGUCAACCGGCUUUACUCUGACAUUGGGCAUCUCCUGGAUGAGAAGUUUCGGAUGGUGGAUGGUCUGCAAAGCAGUGCCAUGGCCAAGCGGCAGGGCUGUGAACCCUCUGUCUUCAAGCGGGGCAUCUGGAACUACAUCCACUGCAUGUUUGGCAUUAGGUACGAUGACUACGACUACGCAGAAGUGAAUCAGCUCCUGGAGCGAAUGCUCAAAGUUUACAUUAAAACUGUAACCUGCUACCCAGAGAAGACAAACCCAGAAAUGUUUGACAGGUUCUGGAAGCAGUUCAAGCACAGUGAAAAGGUCCACGUGAACCUGCUCAUCCUGGAAGCCCGAAUGCAGGCAGAGCUGCUGUACGCGUUGCAGGCCAUCACCCAGUACAUGAUCUCCUAGAUGGUGGGGAGCUGCGCUGCGGCAGGGCCGGGCAGCACCCGCUCCCCCUGGACUCACAUGUGA